AUGAGUAAACCUUGUUUAGGAAUUUUUUCUCAUAAGAGAAAUAAAGCAAAUGCAGAUAAUGAAGGGAAAAAGAGCCCAGGAGUUGAAAGCAAGCAACAAGGUGAUCCGCGAGCUAAGAUUGACUCAUUGUUUAAAGAAUAUUAUGAGUUAAAAAAGUCAAAGCUGGAUUCUUUCAAAGCUGAUGUUUCGAAAAAAUUACCGGAGAUUCAGGAUUUUGAGCAGUUUCGUUCUCUUGUCUCUAGCAUUCCUACUAGAGACUUGGACAAAUUUCCAGAUUCUAUCAAAAAAGCGAUUAACAAACUAGUUGAAAAUAAUGGCAACACUGAUUCCGAAUUGUCUCGGGAAAAGCUGCUAAAGAACUUUAGAAAGGCAAGUUUGAAGGCUAGAGAAACAACAUUAAAAAGCCUCAACAGUCGAGCAUACAAUGAUAUUUUAGGAAAUCUCGACAAAAACGAAAUGCAAGAUUUGGCAGAAAAAACGGCUGAAGUGAUUCGGGGAAUGUCUCCAGAGGACUGGAAAUCAAUGGGAUUUGAUGGCGUGCCGGAUUUUAGAAGUUCAGAUUUGAAUUCCGUAAAAAUUUUGGAUAAGCUAUUGUGUAACCGUGGAAUCAAAGAAGCUGACCUCUCUGAAAUAAAGAAAAAUCUAGAGCCGACAAAGACUCCAAACACGACCAUGUCUAAGCAAUCAAAAAAAUCCCAAGAGUUUUUGUCAGAAUCCAAUGAAAAAACAAACAGAGAGUCAGAAGAUUCAGUUGGCUUAAAGCCAGAUACUAUUGCGAAACAGUUACUUAGUUUGGUUAUGAAAAACAAGCUUCGCCAGGCAGAGGGCUUGUUUCAGAAGGCAUUGUUAUUGGAUAGAAAGCGGAUUGGAUUUGAUCCAGUUACCUGCGAUUGUUUCAAUAUAAUGAUAUCUGCAUAUUGUUUUGAAAACAUGCCCAUCCAAGCUGGUAAAACAUUUGAUUUAAUGCAAAAGUUAGGCCAUCAGCCUAGCGUACAAACCUUUAAUUCAUUUAUGCAGUUAUCAGCUCAAGCACAGAAUCGCGAUCGACUUCAAUAUUGGUACAACAAACUUCGAGAAUCUAAUCUAAAGCCAGAUGCCAUGACCUACAACAUUCUCAUCGGUGUAGCUACCAAAGAAAAUGACUCAACUUCUGCGAUUGAUUACUUUCAAAAAAUGAAACGAGACGUCGAAAAUCCAGAUGCAACUGCGUAUGGACAUCUAAUUGAAAUGUACGGGAUUCGGCGUAGAGAUUUUGAAGAAGCACUUAAAUGGAUUUUGAGAAUGCAAGAGGAUGGAGUCCAGAGAAACACGUAUAUAAAACGGGUCAUACUGAAAAUGCAUGCUGAGUGGAAAAAAGAGCAAGAACGUGAGAAAGCCAAAUCAGUUCAGGAAGUUGGUACAAAUCUGGUCUCGACUCUGAUAAAUGCCAUUUACUCUUGCAACGUCUCGAGCGCGGAAAAGAUAUGGUAUGAAUUAAAACAGAGCGGAUGUGUUCAGGCUGAGCAUUAUACUCUCAUGAUACAGCUCUACCUGGCAGUUUCCAAGUUAUCUGCAGCGAAAAAAAUAUAUGAAGAAAUGAUCGGACAGGGGCACGAACCGACGCGAACAACGCUUGCGCUCAUGGUCGACGUCUCUAAAAAAUCGGGUGAUAUUCUUCAGGCUCAAAGGUACAUCAGCAUGCUGGAUCAAGAUCAGGAUAAAGAAAAGCAAAGAAUAGAGUGA